GUCAUUUCUCCCACAUUUUACUUUCGUUUCUAGGGUAGCUCAGGUUAUCUCGCGUUUCUUACGAAGAAUAAACAUUAUAUUCCACCAGAGACCGUCUAAAGGCGAAGAAUCAUGAAGUUUUUCAUUUCCCUCGUCGUUUGUGUCGUCUUGUGCCAUCUUGCGACGGCUGGAGAAGAAAGGAAAGUUCUUGCACCGAAUGUCCAGAUCUACAGCCGGAACCCAGGGAAGUACGGGGAAAAAAACGUCUUAAUCUGCCACGCCAGCGGCUUCCACCCACCUGAGAUCAAAAUUGAGCUGCUAAAGAAUGGCAUUGAAAUUCCUGAUGCUAAGCAGACUGACCUGGCCUUUGAGGAGAACUGGCACUACCACCUCACCAAGCAUGUGCCUUUCACACCGAUGUCAGGAGAGACGUACGUCUGCAGAGUCACCCACGUGGGAAUCCCAAGAGAUUACGUCUGGGAGUCUGAUAUGUAAGAUUUUCAGACAGCUCCAGGAAUCUGGCAUUUAAAGGAUGAAGAAUGAACUUCUUUUACCAUCUAAGGAUAUGCAUUGUGAAUUUGGGCUUUCACAAAAAAAAAAAAAACCUUCAGCACUUUCGAGCUAUUUGAGUUGAGUUCAGGACAGGAAGAAGUUGUAGAUUUUUAUUUUUCACAUCUUGUGGCCUUAAUACAGUGAACUUGUCUCACAAGCUUGGUGGUGAGACUAAAUCUAAAAAUACUAAACAGUAAAUAAAUAAUUAUGUACAGCGAUUCAAAUUUAAAUUCUUCAAAUUAUGUUAAUUAACUACAUUAAAUUAGAAAGUCCCAUUUACCAGCCAUGAACGGACGGACUCAGAAACAGUGAACUCACUCUCUUAUCCUUCUUGUGGCUUUUUUAUCAUUUUUUGCCAUUUUUAUCAAAACUCUUUUCUUCUGGGCUUAAGGUUAAAUCUUUUUAUUCUAUCUCAUAUUUUAUGUUUUAUCUCUUACGCUUUCAGAAUUAUUUCAGUGAUUGAUUAUUAUGCAAUAGAAGUCUACUUUAGACAAAAACUAAAACUGUUUUACACUGGGUGAUUGUAUAUAUGGUCUAAAAAUAAAACAAUUGGAUACAA